AUGGUUAUAGGUUCUAAUGCUAAACAGCUGCUUCGUCAACGGGAGAAAGAGAUCCAGGACAUCAUCCAAACCGAGAUUCAUUGCUCUGAGGUUUGGGCAACUCAAAAUGUCCGCGACAGCAUCAGUCUGAUUGAAACAAGCGCCUCUCUCGUUACAUCAAGAAGUAUGAGUGGAUCAAUCCCUCACACAGAAGGCGAAAGAUCAUUUGGAUUCGUCUUCAACCGGCCCAUGGGAGUAAUCCUUGGAAUCGCGCCCUGGAACGCUCCCCUGGUCCUAGGCUUUCGCGCCGUGGUGGCACCUAUCGCGAUGGGAAACACAGCUAUACUCAAAGUAAGUGGUCUCCGAUGAGCCUAUGCACGUAACAUGAGACGCGAAACUAACGGUCCCCUCCCCCCAAGGGAUCUGAGCUGAGUCCAAGGACUCACCACUUCAUUGCGCAACUGUUCGUGGAAGCCGGUUUCCCGCCUGGAGUCGUCAACUUCAUCCUGCACCGACCGGAAGAUGCGGCGGAUGUAGUCAACGCCCUGGUGACGCAUCCUGCGGUUCGGAAGGUCAACUUCACAGGCUCCACGGCCGUUGGUCGAAUCAUUGCCGAGACGGCUGGCCGAGCCCUCAAGCCGGUGCUGCUGGAGCUGGGUGGUAAGAACUGUUCCAUCGUCCUGAAGGAUGCCGAUGUCGAGAAGGCAGCCGAGGCCAUUCUUCAGGGUGCGACGUUAAAUGUGAGAUUUAACCUUCUCUAAAUUAAUAUUGGGAGUGGAGUUUUCUCAUGCUAACCGCUGCACAACAGGGAGGUCAGGUUUGCAUGUCUACUGACCUGGCCUUUGUCGCGGCUGAGAUUGCCGAAGCCUUCAAAGAGACGCUUCGAAAUAAGGUCAAGAACUUGCGCGCCACAUCGCACAAGGCCAUCAGUACUCGCGGGGCCGCCAAGUCUCUGUCCUUGAUGGAAGAAGCCAGGAAGAAAGGAGCCAAAGUAGUAUCUGCUGCCACUGAAACUCAGACCAAUGGUCGAGACCCCCAGGAUGUUCCAGUCACCUUGAUUGAAGACGUCGAACCAUCGAUGGAUUUCUUUUCCGCAGAGUCCUUUGGGCCUUUGGUCGGCGUGGUGGCGGUCGACACCGUGGAUGAAGCUAUCAAGAUUGUCAACGAGAACGAGUACGGCCUUUCUUGCGCCAUAUGGACCGGAAACCAUCACCAGGCGCUGGAAUUGGCACAGAGAAUUGACACUGGAGCUGUUCAUGUCAACGCAUCGACUGUGCAUGAUGAGGCAACAUUGCCACACGGCGGGAGCAAGACGAGCGGAUUCGGCAGGUUUGGGGCUGAAUGGGGACUUGCGGAGUUUGUUCAGACUCAGACAGUAAUUUUAAACCCAUAG